AUGGAGAAGAAAAAUAGGGAGAGGCAACGAUCGAGUAAUAAUCCGAACCAUGAGGAGAGUUAGCGGAUCAAGAUAAAACGAUUGAAAAGCAACGAUUUUGAUAACUAGUUCCAGGUAGUCGUUUUAACUUAUCGUUUCGUGGCAGUGAGUACAUGAAACUUACAAUCACGCUUGCGCUCGAGUGACGGCCACUUGAUCUCUGUAAUAAACCGAUUUCGCAGGAAUGCGUUCUAUGUUGACGAUUUCUAACCUUCGGUUUCCUAACUACACCCACACAUUCAUUCUGCCGAUCGAAUCGAGUCGUUCGCGAAGAAUCGUUUGCGCGACGAUCGACGCAAUGGCGGCCGUUAUUGCGAUGAAUUCGCGAGAUUAAUCGUCCUCCAGGUUUCAUAGAGGACGCGAUUCGAUCGAAGAAGCCGGCUCUCUUUCUCUCCUUCGUUCGUUCCCGUAGCUUCAGCUUAUUUCUAACUUGGUCCCUUUGCUUUCAGCCUACCGGAAGAUGUACAUGGGCGACCAAGUUCUCGGCUAUACGUGCACAAUGUGCAGCAAGUUCUACAAGAUGUGGAGCAACUAUUUGAAGCACAAGUGCGAACCGCCUCAGUUCAAGUGUCCCUUGUGUCCGUUCGCUGCGUUCAAGGCCUUCAUCCUACACGCCCAUCAGGCCGAGCAACACUUCAAGGUCACAUCACCGAACACCUGAACCCUCCGCUUCAAGUGUUUCUCGAUCCGCGUCGUCUCGGUCGACGCGGUAUCCGAUUGCCUUAAUUCGCGACGAAGUUUUCCUCGUGCCUGCCUGCUCCUCCAGCGGAAAUGGUUUUCGGAUCGACGACGAAAUAAGCAGAACGCGCAAACUUUGUAGAAUCUUAUUGUUCGUUCUUGCUUUAUAUCAUUGAUCCAUAUAUCAGAGUCACGUCCGUAAUUUGCUUUUUCUAUUUAUCUUUUUGAAUUGUCGAUAUUAAAUUAGAAAUUUUUUUCUUUUUUUUUUUUU